UUUUGGUUUUCUGAAAAUAGAAAAAUAAAAAAAGAAGGAAAUAAUGGGGAAAAUUCCAUAAAAGUCAGAGUUGACGUCAGAUGUGACGUUCCAGCUACGUGAACAACAUGGCGUCCAUGUAGCGAACUGGGAUGUCAACAUUGUGCACAAAAUGAGGUUUUCCCGUUGCUCCUUUGGGAUUCGUCCAAAGUUUGUGGUUUUCCCCAUCCUCCUCAUCCUCUUGGUGGGAGCUGCUUUGACAUCCCUGCUUCCACCAGCUGAGGACCAUGGAGGUGCUGGUGUUCUGGGGGUUCUGCGCCGGGCCACGCCGCAGAACAAGCCGGAGCCUCCACAGGAGGAGAAGUUCACCAUCAUCAUCCAGACUUAUAACCGCACAGAUAUUCUGCUCAAACUCCUGAACCAUUACCAGGCUGUGCCUCAUCUUCAGCGCAUCGUCAUCAUUUGGAACAACAUUGGCGAGCAGACUCCAGAAAAGUUAUGGGACUCCUUGGGUCCUCAUCCGGUACCCGUCGUCUUUAAGGAAAUGAAAAUCAAUCGGAUGCGGAACAGACUGCAGCCAUUUUCAGAAAUUGAUACUGAUGCUGUUUUGAUGCUGGAUGAUGACACACUCAUCAGUGUUCCUGACAUCAGCUUUGCUUUCUCCGUCUGGAAGCAAUUUACAGACCAGAUUGUUGGUUUUGUCCCACGAAAACACGUUUCCACACCGGCUGGAGUUUAUAGUUACGGCAGCUUUGAGCUGCAAGAUCCAGAAACAUCUGGAGGAGACAGGUACUCCAUGGUUUUAAUCGGUGCAGCCUUCUUCCACCGUCGGUACCUGAAGCUCUUCCAGGAUCAACCUCAAGAAGUCCAUUCUCUGGUGGACCAAACGCAGAACUGUGAUGACAUCGCUCUGAACUUUGUCGUAGCAUUGCACAUAAGGAAACAGUCAAAGGCGAGCGUUAGACCUUCUGGGGUUUUUGUCAAACCUGUUGACCUUCGUAACCUGGAGAAAGAUGCUAACAGUGGAUAUCAGGGAAUGUGGCACCGUCCUGAACAUCUUCUCCAGAGGUCCUACUGUCUGAACCGACUGACGCACAUUUAUGGCGUCAUGCCUCUCCGCUACUCCAACCUGAUGGUGUCCCAGAUGGGUUUUCCGAGCUAUGCCAACCAUAAGAGUAGAGGCUGAGGAGCUUCCUUCUGAGACAGCUGAAGAUGAUCACGCUGGUGAGUUUAUUUGUGUUACUUUGUGAUCAGCUGGUGUUUCAAAGAUGGUGAAAUCUCUGAGGAGCAACUUGAUGUUCUUAAAAUGUGAAUCUUUUGAGGACAAACUUGAGCCAUAAGAUUGGCUGUUACAUUUUUCUGUUUUAUGGUCAUGAAUCUUUUUGAUGUUGUUUUUUUUAAAUGUUAGUUUAUAGAAGAGAAAUCUUUAAAAAAAAACUUUAAAAAAAAUCAAAUUUCAAUGUAUAAGAGUAGUUAAGAUCAUUUAAAAUAAUAAGCAAUCAAAUAAAUGUGUAACCAAUUUUACAUAGACUGAUUUUUAGAAUUAUCGCGUGAGUGUUAGAGUUUUUGUAAGUUUGUGGUGAAUAAUAAUAAUAAAAAAAAUAAAUUAAAAAA